AUGCUGGUAAAUAAGUUUCUUAGACUGGAUCCCAGAGCAGUUCGUCAUUAUCAAAUUUUGAGUGGGUCAAGAAAAGUUUUGCCCGUUUAUCCACCCGCCGAGAAGAAGUCGAGUUCAAAUCUGCUUUCCAGGUUAUCAGCGUUGGAUCAAAACGCGUUGGAUCCACAAGGCUGGCGCAGAAAGCUUAUUUCUGGGCAACCGGAUGAAACCACCCGGGCUGGAGACGUUGUGCGUGUUGUUUACGACUCCAACAAGUGUAAUUACGACAAUUUCGUCGGGUACGUUUUGGCUGUCGACCGUAAAUCGAUGACCCAAGAUGCUUCUCUACUUCUGAGAAAUCAGGUUGCCAAGACUUUUGUGGAGGUCAGAGUACCGAUAUUCUCGCCAAUUAUCCAGAGAAUAGACAUUUUGAGGAAAUCUGACGGCAGGAGAAAGAGAAACAAGCACUAUUAUAUCAGAGGCACCAAACUCGAUGUCGGGGAUCUGGAAGCGGGUUUACGCAAACGGAAAUGA